CCCCCUGCCUCCCUCCGGCCACCGGGCCAAGCUCCCGCUCCCGUGCGGCCCCGCCAGGCAGGAGCCAGCUCCAUCCCACCCAUCCCCGACCCCCGACCCCCGACCCCCCAUCCCCGCCCCUCCGCGCUGAGCCUCAGGUGGGCGGAGCCAUGCCUCAGACGGACAAGCAUAUCAGCAUCCCCCCGGAGCUGCCCGAACUGCUGAAGCAGUUCACCAAGGCGGCCAUCCGGACCCAGCCUGCCGACCUCAUCCAAUGGGCGGCCGACUACUUUGGUGCAAUGUCCCGAGGGGAGAUCCCCCCAGUGCGGGAACGUUCGGAGCGGAUCCACCUCUCCAACUGGGCUGAGCUCACCCCCGAACUGCUUAAGAUUCUGCACUCACGGGUGGGCGGACGGCUGAUCAUCCACGCGGACGAGCUGGCGCAGAUGUGGAAGGUGCUGAACCUCCCGACUGACUUGUUCCACAGCGUAAUGAACGUGGGCCGCUUCACUGAGGAAAUCGAGUGGCUCAAGUUCUUGGCCCUGGCCUGCAGUUCGCUCGGCGUGACCAUCGCAAAGACCCUGAAGAUCGUGUGCGAGGUCCUUUCGUCCGAGCACGACAGUGGCCCGCCCCGCAUCCCGUUCAGCACGUUCCAGUUCCUGUACACGUACAUCGCCGAAGUGGAUGGGGAGAUCUCGGCUUCCCAUGUCAGCCGCAUGCUCAACUACAUCGAGCAAGAGGUGAUUGGACCCGACGGGCUCAUCAAAGUGAACGACUUUACUCAGAAUCCAAGGGUCCGGCUGGAAUAGGGGGCCCGGCCCCGGUCCCUGGCCCCCACCCCCCGCAGUGUUGUGGAAGAGAAGGAGGGUGGAUGAGCCGGGGUGACCGCGCUUCUUAGCCGCUGACCAGGACCCUGCUCUGGCUGCCAUUCCUGGGGGAGCCCACACACCCCAAUAAACAGUUAAGGCAGA